AGCCCGUCCCCCGGCGCGGGGUGUAUGACCGCGGCGGUGCGGGGAGCGGGCAGCGGGGCUGGCGGCAGCCGGAGUGGAGCGCACUGGGUGAGCGGCGUGGGCUCAGCCGUUUCUUCGGUGGCGGGGUUCGGCCGCCGGGGCCGGCCGGAUACUUGUGAAAGAUGGUGGAUCGCUUGGCAAACAGUGAGGCAAAUACUAGAAGAAUAAGUAUAGUGGAAAACUGCUUUGGAGCAGCUGGUCAACCUUUGACUAUCCCUGGGCGUGUUCUGAUCGGAGAAGGAGUACUAACGAAGCUGUGUAGGAAGAAACCCAAAGCAAGGCAGUUCUUCCUGUUCAAUGACAUUCUUGUUUAUGGUAACAUUGUCAUCCAGAAGAAGAAAUAUAAUAAACAGCACAUCAUCCCUCUGGAAAAUGUCACUAUUGAUUCCAUCCAGGAUGAAGGAGACUUACGGAAUGGGUGGCUUAUCAAGACACCGACGAAGUCUUUUGCGGUUUACGCUGCCACUGCUACAGAGAAGUCUGAGUGGAUGAACCACAUAAACAAGUGUGUUUCUGAUUUGCUUUCCAAAAGCGGGAAGACUCCUAGCAAUGAGCACGCAGCUGUCUGGGUACCAGACUCAGAAGCCACUGUGUGCAUGCGCUGUCAGAAAGCAAAAUUUACCCCCGUCAACCGUCGGCAUCACUGCCGCAAGUGCGGCUUCGUGGUGUGCGGGCCCUGCUCUGAAAAGAGGUUUCUCCUCCCGAGCCAAUCUUCUAAGCCUGUGCGGAUUUGCGACUUCUGCUAUGAUCUUCUUUCUACUGGGGAGAUGACUGCUUGCCAGUCUGCUAGAUCAGACUCCUACAGCCAGUCACCCAAAUCAUCUUUAAAUGAUGUAUCUGAUGAUGAUGAUGAUGAAGACAGUAGUGAUUAAGCACCAAGUGUUUUUUCCCAUGUGUCGCAGUUUGUGUUUCGAACGAUAACGGAGCUGCUUUUGGGGAAGUCUGUAGUGAGGUUCCUCAGAAAAAUUGUGUUCUAGCCAUAAAAAUAUGCCUGAAUAUCUUCGAUUGUGAUGUGCCUCAGUCUAUGAAUUCUCUAGACAAUAGUGUUUUUCACUCCUCUGCAGGGAUAGACCAUUGCGAACGUUAUCCGAGUAUUUUCCAACUUCUUAUACUUGAGUUGUGUCAAGGUUAGACUUCUGUUGAAGACUGGAGAAUAAGAUGUACUUUCUUAAUUUAACAACCCAUACUUCCUGAUGUUUCAUAUUGCUAAGUUCUGUGUGGGUUUUUUCCAGAUACGGGGAGGAAUACUCUAAGCAUGCAUGGAACAAUGAUGUUUUGGUUAAUCCUUUAGACUAUCUUGUUUUUCUAAUCAUGGUUUAUAAUAAGUUGAAAUGUGACACAACUUACAAACUCAAGUGUCACAAAACUUGGAAAUUGUCCUGUUUUGCUCUUAUUUAUGACUUCCUAUGCCAAGCAGUGCCUUUUACCAAUUGUGCUGAUUCAGGAAGAAGAAAACCCUUUUCUAUGUUGUCUGUAUUUGCCUGAUGCUGGUAUCUGAGAGACUGUUGGUGCUAUUGAAAAAAACUGCUGUGUUCAAAGUGGAGCUUUGACAAGGUCAUAACUGUACCCCAGGGUGGGUGACAGAAAUUCAGAUCACAUGUCCUCACCUGUGCAGAGAGACCCAAAGACUCCGCAGAUUCCCCCAGGCUUCAGCGGGGUUCUCACUGGAGAAGUUGCAUUGCGGGUCAGGAUCUUGAGAUGAGAAGCUUAGUUUUCCUUUGAGAGGCUUUCUAAGGUUUAAAUUUUGGCAAAUGCAUACUGAAAUUCUGGUUGGGUGAUAUAGCAUUUGGAUGUAAUAACCUAUAUGUUUUUGCAAAUAGUUCCCCAAAAUGGCACUAAAUUGUUUCUUAAAACAUUGGUAAGAGGGUCGGGUUGGGGUUUUUAUUUCUCCCCAGGAGUUUUAUUGGCUUGUCUAAAAAUAACUGCAUAUUUUGAACAAAAAGCCUGCAAGUUUCCUUAGAAAACUGGCUUUCCUUUUUACACAGCUAACCUCAGGAUAAAUGUGAGAUGCAAGUUAUUUCAUUUUAAAUGUGUACCCAGGACCAAGAAAGAUGUAUUUAAGAACUAGAAUGAAAUUGUUGGUGCAGAAAAUGUCUCUACCAUAGCAUUCAUUUUUAAUACGUCCUUGAAUACUGAAAUGGCAUGUCCCCAUAUAAAUGUAAAAGUCAGACUUGCAAAGACAUGUUUAAACCCCAAAUACUAUGUUUCUAUAUUUUUGUAAUGGUAGUGUAAAUUUUGAAGCAGGAAAACAUCUUUGGAAUAGUUGUAUGAACACAGUAGCAACUGACUUUAUAAAAAAGUUAAACUUUUGUAUCUCUAAGCAACAAUUUCUGCACUGUUUGCCUUGGUUGGCAAUAAUUUGGUUAUAUAUUUAUUGAAUAAACAAUCAAUGCUGCAUAUUGCACUAGUCUCCCAUUCUGUACACUGUAAAUGUCAGUCAAUGUUUUUACAAUAAUUAGCAAAGCACUUCAAAGCCAUCUAUGAGAUUUCUGGUAGCUAAAGAUGCACUUAGCAUCUUUAGGGGAGCACUCUCCAUUAAAAGUCUGCAAGACAUUGCUUCAGGUGAAAAUUGCAUCAAUAUUUUUAGCUUGGGCAAUUUCUAAAGGUAAGGGCUUUUUAAAAGCACUGAAGAGUAUUUGAUGUAUUUUGAAAUAAACAUAAAAAGGGGAAAAUGCUUUCUGAUAGAGAGCAUAAACCAGGAAGAUGCUGUAAAAUUGCCAGAUAAGCAAUAAACAAUUGUAUAUAAUGAAAGUGUAGCUGAAAUAAGUAGUUACAUACACUUAUUCCCUGAAAGAUGGUGGGAAUGGUGACCUGCAGCAGGGGAAAAUAGACUGUUCUGAGAGGGCACUUUCAGUUAGUAGUGCUUCCUUUUUGUACCUCUCUUAAAUAUUUAUAUUUCAGGAAUGGAGACUUGUCAGUUUCAGUUUUUCUACAGACUUAAAGUACAAACCUCCCUUGUACAUAUCUUCUAGUGACUAACAGUAACUUUCUUCCUGCUGUAAUUGUUUCCUCUUUCCUAAGCUGUUAAAUAUUAAUGUCUUGUUAAAGACUCUCUCCUUGUAUUCUUUUCCCUGCGUUUCUGUAUGUUGUGCUUACUUUUCAGCACUUUUUAGGGGGUGGGAAGAGGGCAAAGAGUUAGAUCACAUCCUAUAUUUUGCAGAAUGUUUCUUGUACCUUCUUCAAGUAUCUUUUUAUCUGUGAAUGAAACUUGCACUGUGCUGCACUGAUCCUUGAAGCUGUAACCAAACCAAUGCGUAAGUGUGGGAUUUUUCAUCUGAAAUUGAUGUAUGUGGUCCAAGGUUUUUGAGAAAGCAUUAAAAAAAAAAGUGUUUUAUGAUAAUACUCCUAUCCCACAGUGGUAUUUGUUUAAAACUUUACAAAAUGGACUUCUCUUGUACUUACUCCUGAAAGGGCUCAUUUCAUAUGUUGUAAUCUUGUUCUGUCAAAUUAUUUUAUUUACAAAUAUAUGAUGUAGCUUCAA